CCAUCCGGCGAAUCACCCGCCGUGAACACUCAUCCCAGCCACCGAACGAAUCCUAGGAAAAGUCAAAUAUGCCCCAACUCUGCACUCUGCACUCUGCCCAUACUAAAUCACUCUGCGAUGGUUUGUUUAGUCCUUCGCACAAGGACCUGCGCAUUUACCACUCUUCAUUUCUCUCUUCGAAGUCCUUAUCUAAAACACUAAACUAAUCUUAAAAAUCCACACCUCAAAACCCUGAUUACCUCUUGCUAUGCAAUCAAAAGCUAUGACGAAGGAAUUUGCGGUGCCGCCUGUUAUUUUUCCUUCCGGCGGCAACCCCGCGGUCGGUGGUGCCUCCAACACGCAGCAACCCCGGGUUCCAACUGCACCGUUUCAGCCUCCAAGACCUUCAAACUCCGGAAUCCCCUUCAUGUCAUUCGAGAUUGGUUCUGCUACGACCGCACCAUACGGCGUCGGUCCCAUCGGCGGUGGGCCUACUGCGUCCUCCGCCGGUGCGAACUUCGACGAAGAGGAGCCACUCCUCGAUGAGCUCGGCAUACAUCCUGAUCAAAUCUGGAGAAAGACGAAAUCAAUUAUGAAUCCAUUCCGCGUCAAUCCCACUGUCCACAAAGAUUCGGAUCUAUCUGGCCCAUUCUUCCUUUACUUCUCUCUUUGCUUAUUUCAAUUACUCGCCGGGAAAUUCCAAUUUGGUGUUAUUUUGGGCUGGAUAGUCGUAUCGUCGAUUUUUCUAUAUGUGGUGUUUAAUAUGUUGGCCGAAAGGAAUGGCAAUUUGAAUCUGCAUACUUGUACUAGUGUUCUUGGCUACUGUUUGCUACCGGUUGUGAUGUUAUCGGCGAUAUCUCUUUUCAUGCCACCGGGCGGGCAUAUCAGCUUCAUAAUCGCUGGGGUUUUUGUCAUUUGGGCAACUAGGGCUUGCACGAAUCUAAUGGUGGCUGUGGCUGAUGGAGGAGAGGAACAUCGUGGAUUGAUUGCGUACGCUUGUUUCUUGAUCUAUACUCUGUUUUCGUUGCUUGUUAUAUUUUAGUGAUAAUAAUGUACGAUUUGAAAUUGGUAUUGAAUUUUUUGUUUUGUUGUUUAAAGAAAUUGUAGUUUUGGUUGGAUUUGUUUUUCCGCCCGUUACAGUUGAUCAUAAAUCUAAUGUUCGCUGACUUUUGGUAUCA